AUGAAGUUCUCCACCCCCCUCUUCGUCCUGGGCUUCGCCCUCACCGCCACCGCCUCCCCCCUCGAGGUCCGUGAUCUCACUACCUUCAAGACCAUCAUCGCCAACAUCCAAGCCGACGCCGACGCCCUCGACGUAGCCGUCAAGGCCUACACCAGCGGUGGCGGAGCCAGCGUCCAAGCCGCCUCCGACAAGCUCGUCGCCACCAUCAACGCCAGCGUCACCGCCGCCAACGCCCAGCCCGUCCUCAGCGACGUUGACGCCCUCGGUCUCAUCAGCUCCGUCAACACCGCCAACGACCACGUCACCAUCGUCGUCAACGACACGAUCGCCAAGAAGAACGCCUUUGUGGCGAACUGCCUUGGCCCAGCUGUCCUCGCGGAUUUCCAGGCCCAGCUGACGGGUGCGAAGGCGCUGGCUACGGUUGUUACUGCUAAGGUGUCGACUCUUCUGAAGCCGGUUGCUGCGCAGCUUGCGGGCAAGAUCACGGCGAACAUCCAGCGUGGUUUUGAUGCUUACACCGGUGUUGCUGGGUGUUAG